CCAUGGCUCUACGUGGAAGUCCCGAGAGCAGAUUUUACGGGACGCGUGCGGCUUCUGCCUACCAAAGACACUGCUAAUCGCGCGACCGACCACGCUGAUCGCUUGGACCCCCGGCGCGACGAUACCUCUUUUUUCGCUCCCACACGGUCAUCCGUGAACGUCGUUGGUUGUCCCUCGCGGUGCGCGGGCCAGUUCGGUGAACAAACUCGAGGCGUGAUACUAACCGGAGCCGUCGGUGUAUUUCGCGAAAGGAUCGGAAACGGUGUGUAAAACGACAGUUGAGGAGUUAGUGAUGAUCCACUUGGGAAAGUAGAAUGUGAUAUUAUCGUCGUCGGUGUAAGUGAUGUCUCGAAGAAUCGGGAUGUUGCACGCUGUUUGAAGGAUCGACACGGAUGUGCACGUAAACAAGCGGCGGAGAAGUGUUUUCUAGCAACAAGACGGAAUGGAGGAUCGAGAGGUAAGGUAAAGAGGAAUAACCGCGAGGGUUAUGUGGAGGAUGCAGGAAGGCAGGACCGUGUCGCCUUUAGGACCGGUCGUGCUACCGCGGGAGGAAGCGGAUAUGCGUGCCGGGCUCUCGCUACCACCUCAAGAAAGGAGGCACGUGUUGCUCCACGUACGCACCAGCGAACCUUUUGUGCACUACGACAACGUGCGUCAGCAACACUCGCCGUCGACCUCGCCGAUCCUGCGAUCCGUCGACAAGGAUCAGUUCCACGAGAUGGACGCGUCAUCGGCCAGGGAGAAGAGGAUAGACACCGAAGUCGAGGAAGAGGAGGAGCAGGACGAGGAGGAAGAGGAAGACGGGGAACACGAGAGGAACGUUUCCGUCAGGAGAAAUAUCGUCGAGGACGAAGAAGACGACGAGGAACAAGAGGAAGAGGAGGAGGAAGUGCAUCCUGGAAAUAGAAACGGAAACUAUCAAGAGGACGAGGAAGUAGAAGUGGACGUUUGUCGAGACGAAGUGGACGAAAGCAACCCGAGUAGCCCGGUAGAUUUAACAGCUCCUUCGUCCAGGGGCGGCGGAUCCGAUCAGUUCCUUAACCCGUUCGCGAAUCGAGGCGUGCAUCCUUUCUCGUGUGUUCAGACUGGCGGACAAACCACUGGCCACGGGGCUCCUGUGUACAUAUCCGCGCAUGCCGCCGCUGCUUCCACGGUGAUGACUGUCUGUACAUCCGGAAACGCAGCCCGAACGACGGGCACGUCGACCGGCAGCAUCACCACGACUGCCAGCACCGUACAGGCGAACAAACGAUGCCUGGCAUUCUCCGUGGAGAAUAUCCUGGAUCCGAACAAGUUCACCGGCGGACGCGUCGUUCACAAUCGCGUUCAGCACCGACGACAUCGGCGGGCCGACAGCGUGCACGAAGAUGGUGACUCGCGGGGCGAGUUCGCCUGCGGCAGCGGCCAGGAAGACGAGGAGGGCACACCGGACACGGGGAUGGAGGACAUGGACGAGGACCCUGACGAAGAGGACGAGGACGAGGACGUGGAGAUGAGGGUGACGGAUCAGGAAUCCUCGAACGCUGGCCGGGAGAGUAAUACCACCGCAACGAGCAACGUUCCAUCGUCGAACUGCAAGAAGAGGCAGUCCUCCUCAUCCUCUUCGUCGUCCAGCAGCGUGCAGGCACAGGGUUGCCAAGGUCAAAACCAAACCAGCCAGAAUGGAACCAGCGGGAGCGGUGGCACAGGAGGCAAACCUAGAAGAGCCAGGACUGCGUUCACGUACGAACAGCUCGUCGCUCUAGAGAACAAGUUCAAGACCACUAGAUACCUGUCUGUCUGCGAACGUCUGAACCUGGCUCUGUCCCUCUCGUUAACGGAGACCCAGGUGAAAAUUUGGUUCCAGAAUCGGCGAACCAAAUGGAAGAAACAGAACCCAGGACUGGACGUGAAUAGUCCCACGGUGCCCACCACACCGCCACAUCCUCCGCCUUACGCGCCUGCCUUCCUGUUCGCCACGCAUCCUCAUCAGCACCCGCUGCCACACUCGCACACACAUCCCCAUCCUCACGCCCACGUCCAUCAUCCGCCGCCCGUGCCGCCGCCGCCACCUGGCUAUUAUCACCCAGCCGCGCCACCUUAUCCUCCGACAGGGCCGACGUUCUUCGGUCAUCACCUGUCCGCCACCACCGCCACGGCGUCCGGUCCUCCACCCACCUCCACGCCAUCCUCCACGGGCUUGGCAUUGUCGACGCAUCCACAUCCGCACACGCAUCCGCACGCGUAGCGAACUCGACAAUCCAUCGCGCGGACUUCGUCUUCGCCUUCGUAGUCGUCGAGGUGUGUGCUGGUUGGUUCGACGUUGAGGUCUUGAGAAGUGCAGAUUAUCGAUGAGGAGAAGAGAGAGAAUGUGAUUGGUAUGAAAGAGAGAAUAUUGUUAUAUAUAUAUAUAUAUAUACGUUUCGAGUACCGAUGGCGUUGCGGCGUAUUGUGUAGAUGGAUAUUUCGAUAAAAAUAAAGAAGGACGGGGGUGAAGAGACUGCGUUUGGUAGGUGAACGUAAGAAGGUGGGGCAUGUAAGAUGGUGUAUGAUAGAGGUUUGCGAGUCGCUUUAAUUACGUCGACCAAGUGUCUCCUGCGGAUAUUGAUUCUAGCUUCGUUAUUUGUAGAUACGUCUUACGUUAUGUCCUGAGUGUCGAAUUCGUCGAGGUCUGCACGAGACACUGUUAUAUAAAUGUAUAUACCGUGACGAGAGAGACCACCAACUCCGUUCUUCACCUCCGGGCAGCACCAUCGAGGACUCGAACUAAAGGAAAUACGCUCUCUGGUUCGUGAAAGUAAAAGUCCGUAUGUUCGAACUCGGAUAUUUCGUCCGUAGUUUCCACCUCGUGUCCGUUGAUCGUCGCACGUGGGACGCUUUCGAUAGGGUAAUCGGUGUACGCAGGGUGAAGUGCGGAAAACGAGCAUAUCUCUUGGAGGAUAUUGUCGGUUCGUUUAAAAUUCGCCAGCAUGCGAGAGAGAGGGGAAUCCGUCGGCCAAGCGGUAAGAUAAAUACGCGGUGAUACGCGGCCGAAGAAUAACAGGCGCUCGAUUACAGCUCCGCGCGUAAAUCGCCCCCCUUCCCUCCCCUUUUGGCUCGGGUAUAAUUAAAAAAUUAAACGAACGGAGCAGCGAGCGUCGGCUUAUUUCGCAUUUCGACGCCGAUAUUCGCGAUGACGUUUGUAUACGGGCAACGAUGACUGUGAAACGUGGGUGUAACCAGAGGAACGAAGACAGAGCGAAAAAACAAAUGAAAAGGGGGGAAACGCGAAAUUAAAGAGCUGGAAUCAAAGCUGUACUUCUCGUCGAGCGGAAACGCGCGAGCCUCGUCGUUUUUUUUUUCGCCACCUUCGUUGUAACAUAUGUCCGUUGGUCGCAGCGAAUGAGAGGCCCGCCUCCCUUUUCCGUUUUAAAAACGAAGUAAACUUCAUCAAGGGGUUGCGAAAAAACGAAGAAGAAGAUGAAAAGAAAGGAGAAAACGCCGGUAGCUGUAAGGUGUGCGUGAGAGUAAACGGAAGAGAAACGGUUAGCCGGGUGUGUCUGUUGCACGUCGCGAAUGGAUGAGCGCGAAAGGAUUUAGCGAGCAAAUUUUUUGUGCUGAACUGCAAAAAACUGAACCACGUCGGAACGCAGUGGAACGUUCCUGUGUAAA